GGAGGGGAGUUGAUGAAAGGGCCGCCCGUGCUGCAGCAGAAAUGAGGAAGAAAGCUGCAGCAAGGGGCCUCUUGAUACGACCACAUGGUGUUCCUGUCCAAGCUUUGCCUCCACUUACACAUCUCCUUGACAUAAUAAAUUCAGGAAUGACACCAGAUGCUGUGAGCAAUGAGGGAACUGAUAGAAUAAAGAAAGAAGUCAAUGGUCAUUCUUCAAGUGGAACUGAAGCUGCCCCCGAGGACCAAUCUCGACCAGAGCAACAAGAUCAGACUCCUGUUGGAUUGGGCACAGGAUUAGCGGCUCUAGAUGCCAAGAAGCAGAAAACAAAACCAAAGCCACAGCUUGAAAAUUGGACUGCAAUAUUCGACUUUGUCGGCUCACUGCCUUCAGAUUUGGUCCUUGGACUCUAA